AUGCAGUUAACGAUGUCAGAAGCGAAAUUCGACAAAAAGGCAGUACGCCAAAUGUUAUUAGAAGAAGACAAAUUUCUCGCAGAUAUUUUCGCCAUAAUGCCGUUACCGAAACACGAAUUAGUGAAACAAAAUUGUCUACCCUCGGAAGAGAAGAAAUCAACAGAACAAGUUAAGAUGGUCACAGUACCAGGUAAAAAAGCAAAAAAGGCAAAAACUUUUGAAGAUUUACAUACAAGGCUGGAGGGAUUGACAGGUGUAAAGAAGCUGGAUUAUAAACAGAAGCUUCUUAAGAAAAAAUUAAAGAACAGGAUCAAGAAGAAAUUAAAGAAAGAAGAACGUAUGCUGCAAAAGAAACUCUCUAGGACUGAACAUAAUGCUGCUGGAUCUAGCGAAAUAAAUACCGAUGAUACAGAAGUACCAAAAAUUCCUAAGCCAAAACCAGUAUUUAAUUCGCAAGGUAAAAUGGUAUUCAGCAAGUUUGAUUUCUCCGAGAUUGGCAUGAAGAAGAAAUUGCCCAAAAGUGAAAAUAAUCCUAAGAAGAUUUUACAACAACUAGAGGAGAAGAAAGAAAAGUUAAAGCAAUUAGAAGAGUCCGGCGAUAAAGAGAAAAUAGAAGAAAUUAAAGAAAAAGAUGCAUGGAAAGCUGCAUUGGCAAAAGCAAAUGGUGAAAAAGUUAAAGAUGAUCCAGAACUGUUGAAACGAAGUAUAAAACGAAGAGAAAAAAAGAAGAAACAAAGCGCAAAGAAAUGGGAUGCCAGGUUAGAGAAUGUGCAGAAAUCCAAACAGGAGAGGCAAGACAAACGAAGAGAAAAUAUCAUGAAGAGGAAAAAGGAAAAGAAGCUGAAUAAAUUAAAGAAAGCCGCAAAAAAAGGACGUGUAAUACCUGGAUUCUAAGCACUGAAUUUUCCACAUAAUUAUAAUUUAUGCAACAGACUCAUUUUGUGUAAUUUUUAUUUAAUAACAUUUUUUUUUAUUAAGAUAAAACUUACAUAUGUGCCAACUAGCAGAAUUUCCUUAUAAAAUACAUGUACAGAACUGACGUUUGUUACAUUUAUUAAGAUUUUAUUUCACACAAAUGUGUACAAAUUUCAUUUUUAAUUAAGAUUUACAUAAGAUCAUUGGAAUUUGUCUACUUUUUGAUACUAGUAUCCUUUAUUGAAAGACAUAUUGUCUACAGAUUUAAUGUAAAGAGACACAAUAGUAGAAAGAAGCCGACUAUUCUAUAAAUAGGAGAAAAGAAAUGGGAUAGUUAGGAUAUUUAGACGAAUUCUCAAUGAACAACACACCUGUGUACAAUGUCGCCCUGUAUAUAAUACAGAUACGAAUAAUACUUUA